AUGGCCGCGCCUGAAAGGGACGUGCCACACAUCGAUCCCAAGGAGUCGUUGGCGGCCUUCAUGAAAGGCAUGGCAGUGGCAGACCCGGAGGUUCUUCGAGGGACCGCUGCACAUCAGGCUCUCAGCCGCUUCGGGCAAGGCUUCCGCAGGAGGGGCCUCUUUGGCAAGAGUUGGCCGGUGACAAAGAUCGGGCAGUUCUGGUCCCACAGCUGGAGGGAGAGACGUUGGAAGAAGACUCUGACUCUGAUGAUAGUCUUCAACGGUCCUGCUGCACUCGUUGCGGCGCACCUCGCGGCCAUUCUCACGAUGCUGCUUUUGGGUGCUGGAGUCCUUCCGCCUGUAGGCCAUCCGCUCUUCGACGGUCGCCCACUGCAUUUCUAUUGCCAAUCCACCGGAUUCGUAGCUGUCGUGCUGACCGUUCUGCUGUGGCGGCCAGGGCGCACCAUCUUUUUGGAUCGCAUAUGCAUUCACCAAGAAGACCCUAAAAUGAAAGGCAAAGCCAUCACCAGCAUGGGAGGCUUCCUGAAACAUUCUGAAGAGUUGCUGAUCCUUUUUGACGAGACCUACACACAACGUUUGUGGUGUGUCAUUGAGUUGGCUGCAUUUCUGAAGAGCCGAGAGGGAGCUGCAGCCAGGGCAAACAGUGUACAAAUCCGUCCCACCUAUUUGGGGCCAGCUGCCCUGGCGAUUUUCAUGAUGCAAGUGUUGUUCCUUUUCGCGAAUGCCAUGCUCCCCACGCUUGACGUGCCACCGGUGGCACUGAUCUUGGCCCUGGCUCCUCAGCUCACACUCCUCUAUUUGGCCGUUGAUCUGAUGCGUCGCGUCCAUCGCGAAAAACAUGCGGCCCAAACCCGUUUGAAGACAUUCCGGCUGCAGGAUGCCCAGUGCUACUGCUGCACCGUGAACCACACCAACCCUAAGACUGGAAAGCGCAUCAAUUGUGACCGGGACGUGUUGACCGGGCUGGUUCAAAGCUGGUUUGGUUCGGUUGAAGCCUUCGAGAGCCAAGUGCGGGGAGACGUUCUGCAGCUCUUCUCUCGGCAGCUUGGAGUGCAUAUGUUCUCCUAUCGCUUCCUGCUGGUGAUGAAUAGUGGGAUACUUUUCUGGCCCAUGGACUGCUUGGCUUGGAGCGCUGCGCUGCAUGGCGAGAUUCCAGGAUUUUCACAGUUUUGGAUCAUGUUCCUUCCCCUAGUUUGGAUCCUAGCAGCCGGACCGCUCGUGGUUGUGUGGGCCGAGUUUGUCACACGGCUUCUGCAGAAGCAGCAGCAGAACCUUUGGUGCUAUCGAGCGGUGAACGUUGCAGGCGUCCUGCUCUUGAUGCUGGGCUUUGCUGUCCUCUUUGUCUUCACCGACCUCCCAAAGAAAGCCACACCCUUUGCCAGCUCAAGGUCUUGGCUGGAAUUCCAGACCUACAAGUUCCUCUUCGACUUAGGCAUUCUGUCGGCCGUUGCCAUUGUAGCGUGGAAUGUGCAGACUUGCCUUGCCCGGAUCAAUCGAGUCCGACAGGCAUAA